AUGGUGCAUGGACUGGCACAAUUAGAAGAACAAAGUGGUGUGUGUGAGGGUUGUCAAUUUAGCAAACAACAUAGACUUAGUUUUCCAAAAGGCCAAGCUCUAAGAGCAAGUGUUCCUCUUGAGUUAAUUCAUGUUGACCUUUGUGGACCCAUGAGAAAUGAGUCCAUUGUAGGAAACAAGUACUUCAUGCUACUUAUUGAUGUCUCUACAAGAAUGAUUUGGGUUUAUUUCUUAAGAAACAAGUCUGAAGCCUUUAACUGUUUCAAGAAAUUUAAAUCCAUGAUUGAGUUGCAAUCUGGACACAAGGUGAAAUGCUUGAGGAGUGACAGAGGUGGAGAAUUUCUAUCUUCUGAGUUCAUAAAGUUUUGUGAAGAUCAUCAUGGGAUUCAAAGGCAGCUCACAAUGGCCUAUACUUCUCAACAGAAUGGAGUGGUAGAAUGGAAAAACAGGAUAGUGGUUGAAAUGGCUAAGUCUAUUCUACAUGAAAAGGAAAUACCUUAUUUUCUUUGGGCAGAGGCUGUAUACACAGUUGUAUAUAUCUUGAAUAGAUGUCCUACCAAGGCUUUGAACAAUGUCACACCUUUUGAGGCUUAUAGUGGAAGAAAGCCGGGCAUUGCGCAUCUGAAAGUUUUUGGCUCCUUGUGUUAUGUUCAUGUGCCUAAUGAAUUAAGACACAAACUAGAACCUAAAAGUGUGAAGGGAGCGUUUGUUGGCUAUGCAACCUGUGAGAAAGGUUAUAGAAUUUUUGAACCAAUCUCCAAGAAACUCACCUUGUCAAGAGAUGUCACAUUUGAUGAGGAAGGAUCUUGGAACUGGAUAGAACACUAUGGCAAAGCUGUGACACCACUUCAUGAUGAAAGUCUAAGUGAGCAUGGCUUCGUUAUAGGAGAUAAAUCUGAGAAUGUCGCAAUAACACCUCAGACUCAAACCCAAUAUGAAAGGAGUCUAUCAUCUUCUCAAGCACCAUCACAACAUAUCUCAAGUGACAUAAGCAGUGAGGAAAGGAACACUCAAGCUUAUGAUCACUCAUCAUUGAAGUGGAGAAGGUUAGAUGAUGUGCUUGCACAGUGCAAUAUCUGCAUCAUUGAACUAGAAAGAUAG